AUGGGAGAGAAGAAAGAGCAGCACUCGGUCCUGUGGCUCGAUGCUGCAAACAUCCUCCGCUACCAGGGGAUCUUGGGCAACAAACUAGUCGGUGACGGACAUAGUGCACAAGUCUUUAAAGUCCGUGUCCUGAACCCAAAGUGCAACACCGAGACAUUUCAAGGGACAGAGGACUUGGUUGCUAAGGUGUAUGAUCCACUCUACCUCAAUGAUCAUGACGGGGACCUGAUACCCCGCUUUUACGGGUCUUAUUCUACCGAUAUCAAUUGUCAAGAUAUCGGUGACGAUGCGGAGACAAAUGAAAUGUGUUCACGGACUGUCCGCCUGAUCUUGAAUGAGCAUGUCCCUGGAAGAUCGAUGCUACAAGCCGGCCCAAGCAAUUUCCCCCAACGGGAUCGUCAGCAAAUCAUGAAAUCCGUGAUAGAAUUUGAGUCUGAGGUCUAUAGACGAGAUAUACUACUUACCGACUUGAGUCCCAGGAAUGUCAUGAUGGUUCCACCGGGCUCGCGCCGGCAAUGCAACCUUGAGUUUUUCCUCGGGCAGUAUAUUUCUCCAAUCCUGCGAUGGAAGAAGGGUAUGAAGCUUGAAUUCGACGACUGGAUUGACUGGGAAUGGGCAGACUGGGUCGAUGCGGAAUUUGCUUAUACCGCCCACACUAUCACUCCAGCAAUGCGUGAGAGAUACAGUAAGAAAUAG